AUGGCUACUCUCCUGAUUCCUAAGAUACAAGUUUUUAAAUCCCUGUAUUAUUUUAAAAAACAUUCUAGGAGUGUUUAUGCCUUUUACAAAGGGCCUCAGACAGUGGCGGUAACAGGGUUUUCUCUUUUUCAGUUCCUUCUUCUACCUCCACCUGCUUCCCUGCUUCUUCUGCUUACACCCGUCAUCUUGGGAUCACUGCAGGCAACAGAGUGGUGCCAGAGCUUGUGCAGGCAGAACCUCCCUCUGAGAACCAGCAAUGAUAUCGAUGAAUGUGCGGUGGUGAACGGGGGCUGCCAGCAGCGCUGUAUUAACACUCUGGGCACUUUCCACUGUGAGUGUGAUACAGGAUACAGACUCCAUGCUGAUGAACGCACCUGCAUAAAGAUGGACCCCUGCGCAGAUGGGAAUGGAUGUGCCCACAUCUGUCAGAGAGAGAACGGAGCAGCCAGGUGUGCCUGUCACGCAGGCUACCAGGUGUCUGACGACAAAAAGGCCUGCGGAGACAUAAGCGAGUGGGCCGGAGGGCAGGCCCUCUGCAGCCACCACUGUGUGAACACAGUGGGAUCUUUCACCUGCGCCUGCCACCCUGGCUUCCAGCUGGGAGCUUAUGGGACACAGUGUUACAGGAUUGAAUUGGAAAUUGUCAAUAGCUGUGAAAAGAACAAUGGUGGUUGUUCUCAUCACUGUGAACAUGCACUUGGUGGGCGUUGUUCCUGUAACCAUGGAUACCAGCUUAAUGCAGAUGAGAAAACAUGCAUAGACUUUGAUGAGUGUGAGAGCGGAGAAGCCUGCUGUGUGCAGCUCUGCAUCAACUAUCUCGGGGGCUACGAAGGCCACUGUCAGGAAGGCUUUCGGAUCAGCACUGACGGUUGUGGAUGUGACGCUUUAGAUGAUGAUGAGUAAGAGGAAGAGGAGACAUUAGAAGUUGUGAAGUUUGCAGGCCUUCUGUUCAAGAACCCACCUCAACUGCUUCAUUACAUUAGUACCUCUCUGCCUCCCACCUACAAAGAUGAAGAAGAUGAGGAGAGAGCAGAUAUUCCAGAACUGGCUGCUUUGCCCAAAGUUGUCUGUGUAGGUGACACCUUUGGACCUGAUUGCAGCUUGAGCUGUGAGGACUGCGUGAACGGGGGCAGAUGCCGGGAAGGGGAGAGUGGGUGCUCCUGCCCAGCGGGCUGGCCUGGCAUUCUUUGUAAUGAACCUUGCUCCCCGGAGACUGGUAGGAAGGAGAGUGGAAACAUCUGUGAUUGUCAGAAUGGAGGCAGCUGUGAUCCUCUGACUGGCAGGUGCCGGUGCCCCCUUGGGAUGCAUGGGAAAACCUGUGAACACGGAUGCCCAAAAGGACUCUUUGGGAAGAACUGCAAAAGGAAAUGUAACUGUGCCAACAAUGGCCAUUGCCACAGGGUGUACGGUGCCUGUGUGUGUGAGCCAGGGUGCUAUGGAAGGUUUUGUCAUCUGAAAUGCCCAGAGGGAACCUUUGAUCCCAAACCGAAGCUCAGCAGCCAAAACCGGAAUCAGGAUGCCUGUGGCGGUGUGAGAAGUCUGCGCAUGCUCGGGAGGAAGCAUAGCGACAGUGUGCGGAAAAAACACUGGAAAUACAGUUUUGAAGAAGAGAGGCUAAAACUUGGAAAACUCCGCGGGCUCUCAGGGAUGUCCGGGAACAUAGGGACGGCCCGAGGAUUCUCUGCGCUGUUGCAGGGGCCGGCCACCGAGGGGCCCUGCUCCGCUGACCGUGGCCUCCCAGGAAAGUUGGCACCGGGUGGCCGGGACUUAUGA